CUCAGCUUGACGGAUAUUUCUCCUGACCUCGGAGAGAGAGAGAGGCAUACUGUCACAGCUCCAGCAGCACUGCAGAUCUCUCUGUGUAAUGCUGUUCUUCCUACAGGAGGAGGUGGAGGAGUGUGAGUGAGGGACGUGUCUGGCAGCCAUCCCAGUCAAACAGUAAUACAGAGGCGGCCCGGGAGCCCUCCCUUUGUGAGCCAGUGGGUGUGUGACGUCACCGCUGAGAGGAGGGGCCCCCUUUCCCCUGUCUGGCCAAUCCUCAAGCUCGGCGACUAGGUCACGUAAGAAUCCCCCCUUUCAGGUUGCCAUGGUAACGUUCACUGGACCAGGCAGCAUCUUGCUGUGGUGAGAAGGGAAGACGAGAAAGGAGAGCUAGAGGGAGGGAGAGAACGAGAACAAACCACAGACAGAGGAAACACCUAAGCUCUUCAGCUGCUGUGCCUCUUCCUUCUAACGAAGAUGCUUGAGACAGGGAGCUAAAGGCCUCACCAGAGCGGAGUGCGUGCUAGAGCCAGGGGCUGGGGCCUGACCAGAGGCCCCUGAGAGGGUUGCAGGUCCAUGGGGACCAUGGGGGAUCCUGGAGGCUUCACCACCACAGGGGAGCGGGUGAACCCUGCCCACGUAAUGUUUGACCGCUUUACCCAGGCCUCCACCUGUAAGGGCACGCUCAAAGCCUUCCAGGAGCUCUGUGACCAUCUGGAUCUCAAGCCCUGUGAGUACCGGAUCUUCUACCACAAGCUCAAGUCCAGGCUCAACUACUGGAAGGCAAAGGCACUCUGGGUUAAGCUAGACAAGCGGGCUGGCCAGAAGGAGUACAAGAAGGGACGAGCAUGUGCCAACUCCAAGUGUCUGAUCAUCGGGGCGGGACCAUGUGGCCUGCGGACGGCCAUCGAGCUGGGCUUCCUGGGGGCCAAGGUGGUGCUGCUGGAGAAGAGAGAUGCUUUCUCCAGGAACAAUGUGCUCCACCUGUGGCCCUUCUCCAUCCAGGACCUCAGGGGCCUCGGGGCAAAGAAAUUCCACGGAAAGUUCUGCGCCGGAGCCAUCGACCAUAUCAGUAUCCGCCAGCUCCAACUGAUGCUGCUGAAGGUGGCCCUGCUCCUGGGCAUCGAGAUCCAUGUCAAUGUGGAGUUCAAGGGUCUCAUCGAGCCCCCCGAGGACCAGGAGAACGAGAGGAUAGGGUGGAGGGCUGAGGUCCACCCCAGGACACACCCAGUCAACGAGUUAGAGUUUGACGUCAUCAUUGGGGCAGACGGAAGAAGAAACACGCUGGCAGGGUUCAGGAGGAAGGAGUUCCGAGGCAAGUUGGCCAUCGCCAUCACGGCCAACUUUAUCAACAGGAACACCACGGCCGAGGCCAAGGUGGAGGAGAUCAGUGGAGUGGCCUUCAUCUUCAACCAGAAGUUCUUCCAGGACCUCCGGGAAGCCACGGGAAUUGACCUAGAAAACAUUGUCUACUACAAGGAUGACACGCACUACUUUGUCAUGACUGCCAAGAAGCAGAGCCUGCUGGAGAAGGGAGUCAUUCUGCAUGAUUAUGCAGACACAGAGAUGCUGCUGUCUAGGGCUAAUGUGGACCAGGAGGCUCUUCUCUCCUACGCCCGCGAGGCCGCAGACUUCUCCACCAACCACCAGCUGCCCACUCUGGACUUUGCUAUCAACCACUACGGACAGCCCGACGUGGCCAUGUUCGACUUCACCUGCAUGUACGCCUCAGAAAAUGCGGCACUCGUGCGCCAACGCAAUGGACGCCAGCUACUGGUGUCUCUGGUGGGGGACAGUCUACUGGAGCCCUUCUGGCCCAUGGGCACUGGUAUAGCCCGGGGUUUCCUGGCAGCCAUGGACUCAGGCUGGAUGGUGAAGAGCUGGGCCCAGGGAAACACCCCUCUGGACGUGCUGGCUGAGAGGGAGAGCAUAUAUCGCCUGCUGCCUCAGACAACGCCAGAGAACAUCAGUAAAAAUUUCAGCCACUACAGUGUGGAUCCCACCACGCGCUACCCUAACAUCAGCCUCCACUUCCUACGGCCCAACCAGGUACAACACCUCAUUGACACAGGGGAUUCAAACAGUGAAAUGCGUAUCGAAAUGGAGAAUGUAGUCACCUCGUCAACACCCAAGCUCACCCGAAAUGAGUCCAUCGCUCGCUCAAGCAAGCUGCUGAACUGGUGUCAGAGACAGACGGAGGGCUACAGGAAAGUCAGUGUGACCGACCUCACCAUGUCCUGGAAGAGUGGCAUGGCCCUGUGUUCCCUCAUCCACCGCUACAGACCUGACCUCAUUGACUUUGACUCCCUGGACGAACGGGACCAACAGAAAAACAACCAGUUGGGCUUCGACGUGGCCGAGCGGGAGUUUGGAAUCUCGCCCUGCAUGACGGGCAAGGAGAUGUCCCAGGUGUCAGAGCCCGACAAGCUCUCCAUGGUCAUGUACCUCAGCCAGUUCUACGAGAUGUUCAAGGACACAGUUCCCCCUGGGGCCGGAGAUAACCAGAACAUGAGCCCUGAGGAGAAGGUUGCGUUGAUCAACAGCACUAAGUCUCCCAUCUCCUUCCUUAGCAAGCUGGGCCAGAGCAUCGCCAUAUCCCGCAAACGCAACCCCAAGGACAAGAAGGAGAAGGAUGUGGAUGGUUUGGGGAAGAGGAGGAAGACUAGCCAGGCUGGCCAUUCUGAAGAAGAGGAGGUUUUGAGGGGUAACCAUGAUGACAGGCCGUCCAACAGUACUGCUCUAACGGAGAGGAAGAUGAAGGAAGAGACAGCAGCUGUAGGGAACCAUAACAAAGUCAAGUCCAUGGCCACCCAGCUCCUCGCCAAGUUUGAGGAGAAUGCUCCUGCAGAGUCCAAGGGCCUCAAACGACAGGGGGAUUCUCUGCCCAAUCUGGAUCUCCUUGUGGCGCAGCCCCCUCCCCCGCCUCCUGCCCCCCUGGACCCCCCCAGGGAGUCUGUCCGCCUAGCUCUGGUCCCUGCAUGGAGACAGAAACAAACCCAACAGCAGGAGCAGCUCAGCUUUGGCUAUAAGGAGAAGUUUAAGUGUCAGACCCUACCCAACAGAGGGGAGCAGCCAAGAAGCAGUACAGAGUCAAUCUGUGGCUCACGGAGCUGCCCUAAGAAAACCAUUCUGCUCUCCUCCUCUUCCACCACCUCCUCACUCUCUCUUCACUCACAGCAUUGUGAUGGAGGAGUUAUGGAGGAGGAAGACACCACCCAGGACCAGACCCUUCUGACAUACAGGAAAUGGAAACCCGUGCAGCUUGACGAGCCAGAGCCUAUUCACAUCCCUAGCAUUCAGGAGAGGUCUGCGAGAUUAGUCGCUAAGUUUAAGGGUAAACCUGAGAAACCAAAGCCUAAGAAAAAGCCCUCCCGUUUCUUUAUAGAACAGUGGCACCGGUCUGGCAGCCAUAGCCCAGAGAGCCCCCUCUCCUCCCCUGAAACGCUCAGACAGGAGCUAGAGCUUCUGCGCUCUGAUGACCAAAUGCCGUUACAUAGCCUUAGUAUACAGGAGAGGGCUGAGCAGCUUGCCUCGCAGUUUCAAAGCAAGCUGGCAAAGCCACAGCCUAAGAAAAAGCCCUCCCAUUUCUUUAUAGAACAGUGGCACCUGUCACGCAGCCAUAGCCCAGAGAGCCCCCUCUCCUCCCCUGAAACGCUCAGACAGAGAUAUUUAAAGAUCUACACAGGGGGAGUAAGCUUAUUGGCUGAUCAGAUAGCCAAUCAGCUUCAACCUCAGGAGGAACCCAAGCCCUUACUUGACCAGAGGGAAUUGGUGGAAUUGGGUUCCCUGAGGAAGGAGUUUCCCCAGAACAUCGGGGGCAGUGACGUGUGCUUCUUCUGCCAGAAGCGUGUGUACGUGAUGGAGCGGCUGAGUGCCGAGGGCAAGUUCUUCCACCGCAGCUGCUUCAAGUGUGACUACUGCGGAACGACGCUUAGAUUGUCGUCCUACGCCUUUGAUGUGGAGGAUGGGAAGUUUUACUGCAAGCCGCACUACUGUUACCGCUUGUCUGGUCAGGCUCAGAGGAAGAGGCCAGCACCGACCCCUGCUCUGCUCAAUGCAAAGGACAACCAGGCGUCCUUACCCGCCGUGGUCACCGUGGACUCCCCCGGGAGGGGGGAGAUGGCAUCCCUGUCUCCCACUGAGUGCCAGACCUCAGUCCCAGAGGUCAACGGGCUGCAGGAGCCCAGCCUGCCUAAGCGUCUGCGGGGCACGCCGGAGCGCAUCGAGCUGGAGAACUACCGUCUCUCUCUGCAGCGGGAGGAGGAUCUGGAGGAGGUGCCCGAGGAGACGCUGGCUGAACACAACUUGAGCAGCGUGCUGGACAAGGACAAACACGCAGAGCUGGGCUCCAGCAGCUCUGAGUCUGACAUGGAGGAGGAAGACCAGGAGGAUGAGGACCAUGAGGAGGAGCAGCAGGAGCCCCCCAGCCCCUCAGACCUGGGAGGGGUACCCUGGAAAGAGGCUGUGGAGCUCCAUGCAAAGCUGAAGACCGACAGCGACCCAGGGGCCGAGGGAGAGGACGGGGCUCAGGCUCAAAUUGUUAGAGACCUAAAGGUGGAGGAGAAGGAGGAAGAUGAUGAAGAGGAGGACGAUGAGGAGGAAUCGAGUGAUGAGGGGGAGUACUGCCCGUGGGAGAGGGAGCUCCAGUCAGGCGUAUGGCUGGAGAACCUCAAAGAUGAAGAGGAUACAGGUACAUUUAAAGCCAGAUACCUGCAGAUCCAGCAAGUGCUGCAGCCUGUGGAUCCUUCAAUCAUUAAGAAUAUCAGAGGAGUCUCCGUGCUGUCGGAGGGGCCUCCUGCCUCAGCCUCCCAGCCCUCCUCCACAGCCCCCGCCAACACAUCCGCCCGUCAUGAGGCUGUGCGAGUCUGGUUGGAGUCGGUGUCUGGAGAGACCUGUGAGGAUGAUGACCCGGAAGCAGAAGUUGGCAGCCAUGAUUUUGAGCCAGGCACCGAGAUGGACCAGGAAGACAUUCCCUCCGACGCAGAGGCUGAGGCUCGUCUACACCAGUCAGAGAUCAAUGAAGCGUUUCCUGAAGAGGCCAAGAAGUCAGAAAGUCAGGGGCUCGCCUCCAGCAUUGAACAAUCUAGUGUCAGUCCAGUGAAGUUAGUUGGGGAAGUUGUGCUCUUGCCAGUCAAACCACCGACUCCACAGCCUGAUUCACAGAUGUCUCACCCCUCUCCCUGCCUGGUCAAAUCCCCCGGCAUGCACUUUUUCCCAGAACCUUUUCCACUGGAGGACAUCACAACACCACAGAGGACAGCUCAGACUCCCAAUGCCAAAAUCCCUCCAUACCCUGCCCCCACUAUGUCCCCCAUCCCCUCCCCCGUUUGUUCCCCCGUCCAUUCCCCUAUCUGCUCCCAGCCUGUCCCACUGCUCGAAACCGUCACCACCAAAUCCCCCGUUAACUCUCCGUCAUGCUCCUGUCCCCCGACAGGGAACCCGCUGUCUCCCAUCUGUGCCCAGCCACUGCCCUGCCAAGAGCCUUCCUCAUCCCUCACCUCCGACUCCCCCGUCAGAACUCAGCCUGUCCCUGCAGUCACCUCCACGUCGCUGGUCAAACCAGCCUCACCUGACAGGGCUACCCCCGAGCCACAAAAAUCCCUAGACUUAUCAGACCUGGAAACCCCUGUCAAGAAGACGGACAUCAUCGAGGAGUUCUGGCUGAAGAGUGCAGAGAUCAGAAAGAGUCUGGGUCUCACCCCAAUGGAACGUAGCAGCAGCAAAUCCCCAGAGAAGAGUCAUGUUACUGUAGGUAGAGUUCCCACCCCGGACUCCUCCUCGCCCAAGUCCUACACCCCAGAGGACUUGUCGGAGGAGCUUUCACCUUCCCCCUUCACCGGCCGCUCAGUAAUCCGCAGGCUGAACAUUACAGUGGAGGGCCAGGUCAUCUCCCCCGUGGAGCCCAAGAGCAAUGGCACGGAUCAAAGGGACCUAAGCAGCAGCUCUGGCCUGGGCCUCAAUGGCAGCACGACCACCAGCCAGACCAGCCAGGCAGCCAGCGACAGUUACAACACUUCCGACUCCACCAUGCUCACCCCGCCCUCCAGCCCCCCGCCGCCCCCACCCAACGAGGAGCCAGCCACCCUAAGGCAGCAGCAGAAGCACCAUGUCUCCUGGAACAAUGGGAUCGAUGGCCCCACUACACCUGAGCCAGCCAAGGCAGCACCCACCAAGAUCAAGAGCCCUGUGCCUGCACCGAGGACCCAACUCAGCCCUGUAUCUAUGCCGGUGUCUGUGCCCAAGUCUGCCCCCAGGACUACACUGGUCACGUCACCAGUCACUGCUCCAGUGGUGAUCAUGAGACGGGAGAAGAGCAGCAAACCACGUCAGGAGGAGGUGAGGAAGUCAUUUGUGGAAUGCGUGGCAGAGAUCCCGUUUGCAGACGACGUGGAAGACAUGUAUGACGAGCGGACGCCAGACACAACCAUGGACAGGUUCUUCACCCCACCCACAAGCAGGCCCAACGGGGAGAGGGAGAAACCUCCUCUUCACCUGGCCCUAGCUAUGGUUAAUGGAACAGCCAAUUUCCCCGGGAACCAGCGGGCCUCAAAACACCAUAAGGCCCAGCACAUCUCCCCUGAGGCCAAGGAAAUAGCUGAAGAGCGGAUGAGAGCCAGAGAGAAGUCAAUCAAGAGCCAAGCUCUAAAAGAUGCCAUGGCCAAGCAGCUCAGCAAGAUGAAAGAGACGGACAUGGCCAAGGGCUCUGCCGCGUCUGCUAAAGUGGUUUGGAAUGUGGCCUCAUCAGAGACAUCCGGAAAAAGUACUAAGAAGUCGCCCGGCUCUCCAAAGACGUCUGCGGUGAAAGCUCUGGAGUCAAAGAAGGCGGAGACUUUGCCAGAGCUUUUCUUCAGCAGUCAGGUUAACAAGAGUCUGGAUGGCUCGACUGUCUCCUCUGACGGCUCCGCCUCGGGAGGCAAGAGCAAAAAGCGCAGCUCCCUUUUCUCGCCACGCAAGAACAAGAAGGAGAAGAAAGCCAAGAACGAGAGCCAGCUCUUUGACAAGCACGGUGCAGACGAGACACCGUCGCCUCCCAAACACAAGUCCCUGUGGAAGGCAGUGUUCUCAGGGUACAAGAAAGACAAGAAGAAGAAUAAGGAUGACAAGUCGUGUCCCAGCACUCCAUCCAGCUCUACCACCAAUGACUCUGGGAAGAAGAGAUCGUCUCCUCUCGGGAGGUCAUCAGAUUUGAAGUCGCGCCGAAACCGGAGCUUCUCUGAGGACUCAGAUCUGUCAUGUGAUGAUGUGCUGGAGAGGUCGUCCCUGAAGUCUAAGGCAGAUUCUGUUUAUGUCCCUCACGCAUUGGCGUUCAAGAGAGCGUACGCCACAAAGAAAACCUACACAGAGGAGGAGCUCAAUGCCAAGCUGACACGGAGGGUACAGAAAGCUGCCCGGCGACAGGCCAAGCAGGAGGAGUUGAAGAGGCUGCACAGAGCCCAGAUCAUCCAGAGACAGCUGGAGCAGGUGGAGGAGAAGCAGAGACAGCUGGAGGAGAGGGGCGUGGCUGUGGAGAAAGCCCUGCGAGGGGAAGCAGGUGCUUUCAGUUCUUCCUCCUCCCCCUGGUGCUCUCAUUCUUUUAGAUUUUUCUCCUCACUGUUCUUUCUUCCUCAUCUUCCCCCCAUCUCUCCCUCCCUCCUACACUUCCUCUCACGCUUUAUGUCCUCUACACUUUUUUUCUGUCUAUCACUUCUUCCUCCUCUUCCUCCACCUCACUCCUUGGCACUCUUUCCCUAUGUUGUGGAAGUAGUUGAGCCCUUUGUCGGGACCCCUCGCCGAAGACCUAUCUCCUUCUGUCCCUGCUGUUCCUCUGAAGGGAUGGGAAAAAAGGACGACCCCAAGCUCAUGCAGGAGUGGUUCAAACUGGUCCAGGAGAAAAACGCCCUGGUGCGAUACGAAUCUGAGCUGAUGAUAUUUGCACGAGAACUGGAGCUGGAGGAUCGCCAGAGUCGACUGCAGCAGGACCUGAGGGAACGAAUGGCAAUUGAAGACCACCUGAAGACAGAGGUGGAGCUGGCACAGGAGAAGCACAUCCUGAAUGAGAUGUUGGAGGUGGUGGAGCAGAGAGACUCCCUGGUAGCCCUCCUGGAGGAGCAGAGGCUCAGUGAGAAGGAGGAGGACAAGGACCUGGAGUCUGUCAUGCUUUCCAAGGGCUUCAACCUCAACUGGGCCUGAAGAGGAGAGGCUAAACUCACCAUCCACCGUAACUCAGAUAAUACACUACCCCUCCUCUGUGUCAGGGCUCAGUGAAGGCCCAACCCACGGUCUCAUGCUUGGUCCCAGAUAACCCAGCAGAGAAUGUGUGCAGAAUGGAGUUGUCCCAUUACGGCUCCUCUGUUGGAGCAGUCUAUAAUGUUUACAUAUCUACCCUGCCACCAGCCAGGCAUCAUUACCUCCAGUGAUAUAUCCCUUCAUUAUCAAAUCACGGUAGGAGGACCAACUACAGCCUGGACUUUCUCAGAACUUCAGAAGUUCUUCUGGAGUGGUUCUCCAGAAUGGGGAACUAUUUUUUAUUAUUUAUUUUAAUCUCAAACACGCAAAGGGAAGAAAGAGGUUAGGUCCUGCUGAUGUAAAGGAAUUCAAUGUAUGAUACCUGUUUCAAUGCACUACAUGUGUAGAACACGACAUAUUAGCAAAGCGGUGGUUUUAGAUGAGGGUAGGCCCUUGACCUAUUGACUGUUACAGGGUUUCUGUGGGAAGGGGAGGAGUGGUCUCUCUCAUUCUAUCAGUCUCAACCUAACCUCAUGACAUACACUACUAUUGUGACUGCUGACUGCAGAGGGACAUCCUCUGCUUUAGCUGCCUUUCACUCCAAUUACACUUUGGCUUCCACAUUCUGAGGAGCCAAUAAGGACGAGACUCUAAAAGUCCCAUCAUUUUUUUGCACAGAGAUUCACCCGAAGAGUCAACACUAAGGAUCAAUGGAAUCUGGUCACUUGGUUGUUUUGUAUUUAUUAGCUUGGUUUUGAUAGAGAACCUGAAUUAACUGUUUUUGGUAUUUUCCGUGUUCACGGAGGAGAGUGCCUGAACUGGAGGCUCGACGGAUUGCACAUGUGCUCUCUUUAUAACAUUGACUGCAAGGAAAUCAACUGAAAACUCCAUCACCAAGAAGCCAUUGUGUAAGGGGUGGAGGCUGCUGCAGGCUCAGAAAAAUAUCCUGCGUUACAUUGUCUUUGACUCUGAAAGUUGUGCUGGUGUGAAUAGUUAACUUGUAGCAUAGAUUCAUUGACACAUGUCCACUUCAGCAAGCAACCCACUUGACACAUCUCUUGGUGUCCUAGUUCUGAGUGAUCAUGUGGCUUCUCCAUACCAUGCCAUUCACCAUAAAUCACACUGAUAUUUCAUUUUAUAAUCAGUAGCCCUUAUUCUAUAUUAAUUGGCAUAUACCAUGAAAUGUCCUCAGUGUAGGUUAAACAGUGAAGAGAACAACAUUAGGGGCAGUGUCUUAUUGGGCUUACACAGUAUAAAUGCAUCGUGUUAUCAUAAUACCAUAAGUGAACUGACAUCACUAACUGGUGUCAUGAGACACUUGCGUCAGUGGAUAUCCUUCAAUAUCAUUGUUCUAAACCACAGAACUCUGGCUUCGCUACCCCUGGAGCUGAGGUACAUGACCUGCUUUGACGCAAGAUGCCUUUUUCACUUCUGUUUUAAUAUUUUAGUUUUCUUUUUAGGGUUUAAACUUUUAUGUAUCCCACCAGAGGUACAUUUCUAUUUUGUGUUUUUUGGUAAAAUCCUUUCAUACAACUACAGGUUGUCAGACAGCAGUUAUGAGUAGAAGUGGAGACAGGAAUGUUGCUCUAAACCACUUCUAUUCUGUUUGGCAUUUGACCUUACUAGCCUUUCUGCCAAACUGUAAAUCUUUGGUUGGUCACAGUUUUAUAUAUUUUUCUGUAUUGAUAGAUACACAGAGUGAGCAUUUGUGUAAGAAUUAAACGGAGCUGUGAAUACAAAAAAGUUACAUCAUUUCAAGGCUGGUUUAGAUGGUGUGUGAUAAGUUUGACAGAUUUUAUUGAUAUUUAUAAACAUGUGUGCAAAAAUGUAUCAUAUGUAAAGAAAAAUGAAUCCUCAUUUUUAAAACUGUAUGUUGACACACACGACAAAUAUGUAAAUGCUGCUUCAUUUAGCCCAAAUGCAUAGGGUGUUGGAUGUAUGCUGAAACGGCAAUAAAGCAAUGCAGUUGUUCAUUUAGAAAA